AUGAACCUCAUGUCCGGCGCCAUCAACGCGCUCUUCGGCUUCCAGCCUUUUUUCAGGUUUGCAGCGGGAAAGGCGCGCGAGAUGAUGGUCAAACGAGGCGAUGCCAUCGGUUUCCCAUGGGCGCCGCGUCUCGCGGAGCUCAAGCGGCACGACUGGGACGAGGAGCUGCGAUUGGUCGCCGCCACGAGCCGCGUCCCCAGGGACGCCAGCGGGGAGUACGUCUACCCGGAGUACUACACAAAACCGUUCCACGCGUACGAAAAGGGUAACCUUUCGCUGUACGCGGCGCUGGAGGUGGAGCUGGCAGCGAAGGCUGUGCACGCCCCGGUCUUCGACCCCGAGAGCAAGACGCUAGACCCCGAGGGCGACGCGAAUCUGAGGAGGGGGUACCACGCGAAGCUGGUGGAGCAGCUGCGCAUCCAGCCCAAGAGCAUCGUCGACCUGGGCUGCGCGUCCGGCCUCAGCACCUUCGCACUCGCCGAGGUAAGCCUGGACCCAAGAAUCGUCUUUCGGGUAGCGCUCUUGUCAAACAUCCGUCUUGUGCAUUCCGUCCGAGACCCUCUUGCCUUCGUGCAUUCAGGGAUGCUGACCUUCCCUGAGGCCGAGUUUAUCGGAGUGGACCUCUCGCCCUACUUCGUUGCUGCCUCCAACUACAACGUCCGGGAGAAGAGCAAGCAAGCGGGACGCGAGCUGCCAUUCACGUUCAUCCAUGCGGCAGCAGAGGACACGGGGCUGCCUGCUGGCUCGGCAGACCUGGUGUCCAUCUGUCUCGUGUGCCACGAUUCUGAGAUCAUAGAGGAGGCGCAUCGCAUCUUGAGGCCAGGAGGCGCGUUUGCAGUGAUGGAGAUGAACCCUCGCUCGCCCUUCUUCCAGAGGAUCUCCAACAACCCCUUCACCUUCGCCGCCUUCAAGGCAACGGAGCCAUACCUGGAUGACUACCGCACGUUCCCCAUUGAGGAUGCCAUUGCAGAGAGAGGCUUUGAGUACCCGCAGCAGAUGGAGAGCAGCCCUCGCCACCGCUGCAUUGUUGCGCACAAGCUGUAG